AUGGUAUUCCCAAAAGGGAACUCUGAAAAUGAGGAAGCGGAGUACACUCCUGAGCAGCAUCUCGUCGCGGCGGUAUCGGAAUUUAAACGUCUCGAAUCCGCCAACCUCGAGCAAAUGGAGCGUCUUUACGCGUCCCUGCAAUCCCCUUUCAAGCUAUCCGCCAAACCCUGCGAGGAGGCGCGUGCAAAGGUGCUAAAAUGCUAUGAAGCCAUUAUCAAUAAAGGGAAUGCAAACGGCGGCACGCCAAAGGACGGAAAGGAUUGGGAAAUGCUCCCCCUCCACGAUUGCUUCCCGAGCGCGCUGGAGUAUCGCCAGUGCGUGGAGGCAAUUUCGCUCUCGCAGCACGCCGCCCUCGCGAGCUCCUGGGGGGCGCGGAAAUUCGCCACGCAGGCGACGGAAUCCUCGUCUCCAGGAAACGAUCCGGUGGGGUAG